AAUAAUCGUGUACUGUGUCUCGUGAAAAAAGAAAAAAAAUUGCUAUUUUUGGUCGUGAAAAUUAACGUUAAAAUCGCUGAGAAAAAGGGAAUAAAGUGAAAAUAUUAAAAUUUCAACAUGAAUUCGAACCAUACUGUAAGCAAAGAAGAAACUCCGGCGGAUUUUGAUACGGACCUGGAUGUUGCGGCAUUCACGGAAGAUCCUGAAAUCGGAAUGAGCUCCAAGCAAAUUGAAAAAAUUCAUGCUGCAUCGCCGAAACAUGUUGCGCAAUUUGUGCAAAACCUUGCAGUAACACUAUACGGCGCGGACGAAUUGAGAACCAGGACAGUGACGACAAAAGAAACCUGUACGAAAAAAAACAAAAACUCGAAGCCAAUAUCUCCGGCAAAAAUGAAUUUCAUAUACAGAAAGGCCCUUGAAAGAGCUGCCAUGGAUGUAGGAUCGAUAAACUUUGCCGAGCAACAGUUCGUUGCUAACAAGACGGUAGUAAACCGCGCGAUCGCAGAAAAGAUAUCCAACUUAAGGAAGGCGUACAAGCUAUCUUUGUCAAAAAAUGUUUAA